CCGUGCGCGCGCUCACCCCAGAGCGGCCCGGGUCCCCUGGGAUUGUGUCCGUAGCAGAGUGAUUGCUCAGGCCAGAACCUGGUCUUCACUUUGGGCUCCUGAUCUCCGACUUCGUUUUUCCCAGCGUUUGGUGUUUCUCUGGAUUUGUAGAUUCCGAACCAGCACGUCCUUUGCCAAUUCCCUUUACUGUGAUAACUCUCAAACCAUAAGAUUGACCAUAAGAUUGACUCAGAGACUUUCAGCUGAACUCUCAUCUCUCAACACUGGCAAAUAUUCAUAAGAUCUACCAUACCCUAAACAAGCUAAAUCUGACAGAAGACGUUGGCCAAGACGAUCACCAAACAGGAAGCCUGCGGUCUUGCAGUUCUUCGGACUGCUUUAGUAAAGUGAUGCCACCAAGGAAAAAGAGAAGACCUGCCUCUGGAGAUGACUUAUCUGCCAAGAAAAGCAGACAUGACAGCAUGUAUAGGAAAUACGAGUCAACUAGAAUCAAAACCGAAGAAGAAACCUUCUCAAGUAAGAGAUGCUUGGAGUGGUUCUACGAAUAUGCAGGCACCGAUGAUGUGGUGGGUCCCGAAGGCAUGGAAAAAUUCUGUGAAGACAUUGGUGUCGAACCAGAAAAUGUUGUUAUGCUUGUCCUGGCUUGGAAAUUGGAUGCACAAAACAUGGGCUAUUUUACUCUACAGGAGUGGCUGAAAGGAAUGACUUCCCUACAAUGUGAUACAACAGAAAAACUCAGAACUACUUUGGAUUACUUAAGAUCACUAUUAAACGAUACAACAAACUUUAAGCUCAUUUACAGAUACGCGUUUGACUUUGCACGGGAAAAGGACCAGCGCAGCCUAGACAUAAACACUGCCAAGUGCAUGUUGGGACUGUUAUUAGGAAAAAUCUGGCCCCUUUUUCCAGUUUUUCACCAAUUCUUAGAGCAAUCAAAAUACAAAGUGAUUAACAAAGACCAGUGGUGCAAUGUGCUGGAGUUCAGCAGAACGAUUAGUCUGGACCUCAGCAACUAUGAUGAAGAUGGAGCAUGGCCAGUUUUGUUGGACGAAUUUGUGGAAUGGUAUAAAGACAAACAGAUGUCCUAGGAUUUUAUGCAUAGCAGCGAAAGAGUCACUGUUACUACAGUUAUGUCACCCAUUAGCCAUAAAUUGCUGUUUGUAUCAAAGCGCAUGCUGCUUUUCUUGCACUGUCUCCCUCUUGCAGGGGUGUUUUGGUGUCUGCUAUUGAAUGGGCCAGCUCUGCUUGCUGUGUAGCAUUGUGCUCUGGGAAGGCUGCUUUGCAGUUUGUAUUUACACUACAGAUUGGUGAAUUUGCCAAUGUCCUCACUGUGAUUAUGUGUACAUUGCUGUUUAAAUUUUGUAUAUGUGUAUAAAAAGAAAAGCUUCACCUAGAGAUUAUUUCUGCAGAAAUGUAUUGUAAAAAUAACCUUGUGGCAUAUUUCUAGUCCCUUUUUCAAAUGAACCAAUUAUACUUCAUUUGGUCUCAAAUGUAGCAUUUCAGAAAACCUGACAAAGCAAGCAUUACCGUGAGCAGACAUUGCCAGAAUUAACCUCCAGUUUAUGAGGCCAAACUUGGGGAAGGAGGUGGGAGUCGUGACUUGCAAUGGCAUGUGCCAAAUAUGAUUUGGUUUACUUGACAAUUUGAGAAUUUUAAAAUGACGAAAGUUACAGUUAUUUGCACACACAACAUGCACCAUGCCACAAGCAUUUCCAACAUGAAAGGUAGAGAUUUUUGUUUUUUGUUUUUAAUGUUAACACUGUUGGUAACUUGAAUUAGGUACAAGUAAAUACGUUAAAAUUACACCUUAUUUUAAAUUGAAGUUUAAUUCCCCGCCCACUCCCCACCUUGCAUUAUUCUAGCCAGUGUUUGAUCUGCUGAUGUUUUCUAUGCCACUGUAAGUAAGCUGUAUCUCACCAACUCCAUGAGCCUCCUGAUUCACUGGUAGUUAUAACUGUGGAGGACUUUCAGUUGUGGCUUGAAUUUUUAGUUACUCUUUCAUGGUGUCUGUAAUUUCCUUGGGUUCUUGAAAAAAAGAGCUAAAAGUAAGAGAUGUUCUGUUUUACUUUCUGUCUUUGUUUCUUCCAUGCCAGGCUUUCUCUGGCGAUGUGCCCAUUGCAGGCAGUGGACACGAAACCACCAGCAUUGAGCUAACCCUGUUUACACUGGUACCCUUCCCAGAGGGGCCAUGUGUCAUUCCCUGAGUCGCAUAUACAGAAGGGGCAUAGCCAUUACUUACAUGGAUGGGAAAACCAGAGCAAACAUGAUAGUGUUUUUAGGUCUGUAUUUUAUGUAUUUUAUUUUAUUUUACUUUUUGCCUUGCUGUUUGAGGAAAUGUAUAGAUAACAGGUUUUUCACCCCCCAACUAUCUGGUGCUAUUGAACGACUAACUCAGUCCCUGAAGUUUUGUGAAAACACGUCUAAGGACUUAGUAAAGAGCUGAGGGCACAUUUGACAGGCAGAUGGUGUGGUGGGGUAAGAUCCUUGCUUGCCUGAGCUCUGAUGACUGGAGGAUGUUGGGAUUAUUGGCCAAAAAAAUCUACAUGAAAUGUGAACCUUUAAAUGGCAUUAAAUGAAUGAAGCACACAGACAGCUGCCCUUGAGUACUGUUUUAUAGUUGCUUUUUAAAGUCAGAUUUUCAUAUUAUUUUUUCCCCUGAUUGAACCACCAAAGACAGAAAUUUUGUAUGUAUAUACAGUGUGUUUGCAUAUACAAAAUCAUGAUGCGGUAGAAUACAACUACUUGCCUUUUUCUACCAAAUAAUAAAGUUUGGUAUGCUGUGAAAUAAGCUAGAAGUUCAAAACAAAACAAAACCCCCAAGUCAGUAGUGAUUCAGCAUACUUCACUAUCCCUUGUCUGUAGUCUCCCUUACAAACUAAGAUCUGCAAAGAAUGGACACUGUUACUGGGAAGCCUGGGCGACUGAGGCUGCUGUGCUGUAGGGGGCCUCCCCUCGCUGCUGCCGGUGUGUGCCAGUGGGUUGGCCAGAGGCAGGCUCCACCCUGGAGAGUCAGUUCCCUUGUAGGUGUACCCAAGGUUAAAGAACCACACACUCUAAAGGCAGUUCUUAAACUGUUUUUAAAUUGGAUCAACUGUUGAUUGCCUCAAUGCAAACAUGAGUCAUAGAUGAAAUUAUUUUAAAUGUUACCUUAGAAUCUGGAACAUUUUUUAAACACUAAGCACAGUUAAUCUUAGAAUAAAAGGUUUGUUACCAGGGGUGAGAUGCAGCAUUUCAUCCAUAGUGAACACUUUGAUGAUAAAGACCCACAUAGUAAUGGGAUGCACGGUGUGGAAGUAAGUACUCUAGGAGACUAUUAAAAAACCUCCAAAUAUUUGAUCUCUUGAUCUCUAAACUGCCUUGGAUAAUUAUUAGUUACCCUUGGUUUUCUUGAUUUUUUUUUUUUUUGGCAUAACUUUUCUUGGGGGGUGGGUUGAGACAGGGUCUCCCCAGCUGACCUGAAACUACCAAUGUAGAUCAGACUGGCCUCAAUCUCACAGAGAUCUGCCUACCUCUGCCUCCUGAGUGCAGGGAUUAAAGGUCUGUGCCACCAUGCCUGGUGCAGCUAUUUUUAAGGGGAGAGAAGAGAGGAGUAAUUAAGACACCUUUUCUUUAAAUUGCCAAGUCACACUGAUUGAUCGCCAAGCACUUACCCCUGGCUGAUGUUAAGGAAGUCAGGGUGCCUUCUUCCGGCUCUUCAGAACCUGGGUCUCCACCUUUCCUCUUUUCACUUGUGUUUCAAACUACGCAUUGCAAUACUCUGUUGUUAGGAAACACAACUUGUAGAUGUUUACCACUGCAGUAGGUUGGAAAUGUCAUUGUUUGAGCUGCCACAAAUCCCCUCUGUAGUGUUAGGUGCGCCCUUUUUUGAAGCAUGAAUUCUGAGUUAAAUAUUUAUGUCUGACUAGACAAACCUCUAGAUUCUGGUUUAACAACAGAUUUCUGUUGCAUCCCAGUCUCCAUUCUAACCAUACUUUCAAAGUUUAUUCAGAAAGCUUUAAAAGUUUAGUUUGUGCCCUUGGUUUUUAUCCUUACAACUGCUAAAAUAAAUACCUCUGUAAGCCUUAUCCUUUAUUCUUUCAUAUGUUGUAUAAUAAAUGUAUAGAAUUUGUUGACCAACUGAAAUGUUGGGCAUCUGUAAAUGAGACCAAAAUGUGGGUUGCUUUUUUCAUAAAAUAAUUCUAUUGGGGGUGCUGUUACAUGAACAGUAGCCAGCCUUUAACUGUGAAUGCUUUGUGUCUUCAGUAUUUGCAUUCCGUUCAUAAAAGCGUGCAAGUCCUGUGACUCCCAGCUUAACUAAAAUACUGUCAUGCCAUCUAACUUGAGUACAGCAAACUGGUAUUAGGUUUUAAUGGAAUUGAUGUAAAACAAUAUCCCGUAAAUAAAGAAGUAUUUGUGUUUGGUUUCAGAACUGAUUUGUGUAUUUGCUCUUUCACUUUCUCUGCCAAAACCAUUUAGAGUAGUUUUAAAGUACUUUAUUUUGUCUCAAUUUUUUCCAUUCAAAAAUUUUAUAACUACAGCAAAAGAAAACCAAGAGUAAUAUGAACAUCUGUAUUCCCAUUACUUAGAGAUGUUUGCAUUUCCUGGUGGCAACGUC